UGUGCUUGUUGGUCACAGGUUGUGUAAGUUAAUUUGUAUGGCAUAUUGAUGAUUUCCUAUUUUUAAGGUAAUAGAUAUUCAGAAGGGAAAGGAAAAGCUCCGACCUCUCCUACCAUCAACCUUCUUUUUAUUCAUUCCCCCAACCCCUUCUUGCACAGCUAAUGUCGUUAUGAUAUAGUGCUUAAGAAUUUGACAGUAGUGAUAUUCAAUUUUGCAUCUACAUGCUUUCCUUUCCUUUUUAUUGGAUAAUAUGAUAGAAUUUCAGGGAACAGCUAUGGCUUCUCUGGUACACAUGCAGAAAAUCUUAUCAAACAGGAUGCAGCAUUUCUCAAGCAUAGAAAAAGCGCAUGGAUGCGAAGAUUGCGACCAUUCAUUCACGACUUGGAGGAGGACCUGCGCGCAACAAUGUUGUUUGUCGUUACUGGAUGAUGGGAAAGUGUAAUAGUAAAUCCUGUAGGUUCAUGCACAGAGAAUUGCCACCUCCUAAUGUUUAUCGAAGAACAUCUGAGCAACCCAAUCUUUUACGGAAGGAACAAUCGAUUAGGAGCCCUAGCCAUGGCCUCAAAAAUUCAUUGGCAUUGAGUGAUGGAUCUGAAGUUAAAACUGCUCAGAAUAGCACCAAUCAUGUUAUUAAGGAUCCACCUAGGAAACGCCCCAAUCCUGGGAAUUCUUUGGCUUCAAAUAGUGGAGGUGGAGGUGGUGGGUCUGAAUAUAAAUGCACUCGUGAGAGCUCCAGUUCUGGCACUAAGGCAAUGAAUUUGGAGAAGAUAAAACCAUCCUCUAAUUCAUCAGUUCUGGUUGUUGAAGGCAAUGCUUCUGAAGCAACUACUGUUGAGUGCUCAAAAAAGGCAUGUGAGAACUGGAUGUCAGACAAAUGUGAUAAAGAAGAUGGGUGCCAGUUCUUGCAUUCAUGGUUUUAUGGGGAUUGGUUUUCGACAUUGGCAAAGCUCAAGGGGCACAUACAGGCUGUCUCUGGGAUUGCUCUUCCAUCAAGAUCUGACAAGCUUUUCUCGAGUAGUAGUGAUGGAACAGUACAUGUUUGGGAUUGCAAUACUGGUCAAUCAACAAGAGUGAUAAAUGUUGGUGUCAAAAUUGGGGCUUUAAUCAGUGAAGGCCCCUGGAUAUUUGUAGGCUUGCCAAAUAUUGUUAAGGCAUGGAACAUUGAGACAGCUGCUGAAUUUAAUCUCGAUGGGCCAGUUGGGCAAGUUAAUGCUAUAGCUGUAGCUGAUGUUGUUGAUAUGCUUUUUGCGGGGGCACAGGAUGGUGCCAUUUUGGCUUGGAAAGGGAGUGCUAAGAACCCAAAUCCUUUUGAACUGGCCUCAUCUAUGAAAGGUCACACCAGUGCUGUUAUAUGCUUGACCAUUGGAAGAAAUAGGCUAUACUCUGGUUCUGUGGACAAUACUAUAAGGGCGUGGGACCUCGACACUUUACAGUGUGUUCAUACAUUGAGUGGUCAUAAUGAUGCUGUAACGUCUCUUAUUUGUUGGGAUCAAUAUCUACUGUCUUGUUCAUUAGACAAGACAAUAAAAGCAUGGGCUUUUACUGAAGAGGGUAACUUGGACGUGAUUUACACACAUAAUGAGGAACAUGGCGCUAUUGCUCUUUGUGGGAUGCCUGAUGCAGAAGCAAAACCAAUUUUGCUUUGCUCUUGCAGUGACAAUAUCAUUUGCAUUUAA